UCUCAAACUCCCAAGCAAAACUCCAAAGCUCAACAAAAUAUCUUCAAAAAAUCACUUCCUUUUGCUCCAAGAAAAAUGGCCCUUCCCAAUUUUGAUGCUCUAAAGGACUUGCACGACUCAGCCAACGACAUGCUUCACUCACCAGUAAUCAAGCGAGAAAUAGCACAUCAGGGACAAGAGAAAUGGGCUCAUGAAGUUUCAGAAACAUCGUUAAGAAUGCUAGACGUUUGUGGCACAACUAAAGAUGUCCUUAUGCUCGUUAAAGAUCAUGUCCAUGACCUCAAGUCCACUUUCAGAAGAAUCACCGUCGGCGAAAAUGCAACUGCAGAAAACAAGUUUGCACCUUAUCAAUGUCAUAGGAAGAAGUUGAAGAAAGAGAUGUUAAAACGCUUGCAUUCCUUAAAAGGGAUGAAAAAUAACAACUGCAUAAACUCAUCAUCAUUAUCACUAGAGAACUCCGUGAAAGAUAAAGAAAAUAAUCUUAUGGUGGUUGUGAAUGUGUUAAGAGAAGUAAGAGUUGCAACAAUUUCUAUUUUGGAAUCUUUGAUGUCACUUAUGUCAAUGCCAAGCCCAAAUACUAGGAAAACAAAUAAAGGGUAUUUUGGUUCCAAGUUGAUGAGAGUAAACAGCUUAAGUUCAUGGGAAAAAUGCGACGCUAUGACGCUGCAGUGUGCCAAUAAAAGAUUGGGAGCAGUGGAAAUCGCCAUUGAAGAUCUUGAAGGAGAGCUGGAAUGUAUUAUCCGGCGGUUGAUCAGAACAAGAGUUUCACUUCUGAAUAUACUCACCUACUAGGAAACGAGAAAUAUUGAAAGAUGACUUGCAAGCAAAUAGGAGCUAGCUACCUAUUAUUUCAAGGGUUUUCCAAUGCUCAUAGUUUGCAAGUUAGUUAAUUGGAGCAUUAACAGUAGAAUUUGUGAAUUCAAAUCUUAGUUUGAUAUUCAUAUCUCAUAUGAACACUAAUUGCUUUGUAACACUCCCUUUGUCCCAGUUUAUAUUGUACUUUUCCCUUUUCGAAAUCCAAACGAUGUGAAA